AUUUUGAUAACAUAGUAGUUAUAAGUAAUAGCUAUAGACUAACAACAUAAAUUCACCAGACUAUCAAUUGAUGUUGUUAUCCAUUAAAGCUCAGCGAGUCUGUUCAAAGUUAAUAUAUUUGGGAAAUAAGCAGUCUCGCUUCGCCCCCUUACUUUGAAUGUCAAAGUAGUCGAAGUGACCAAGACGUGAAGGUAUCUGAGGAUCCAAAAUGGCGAAGCACAACAAGGAUCUGGAAGAGGAGAUCUAUGACAAGGUCGUCGAUCUGACAGAGUACGCCAAACGUCAGCGAUGGUGGAACCGCCUGUUUGGCAAGACGUCCGGACCUUUAGCAGAAAAAUAUUCAGUGGCCACACAGAUUGCCAUAGGAGGAGUUAGCGGAUGGUGUGCAGGCUAUCUCUUCCAGAAAGUUGGUAAAGUCGCUGCCACUGCUGUGGGCGGAGGACUUCUUUUGUUACAGAUAGCAAACAACAGUGGCUACAUCCAAGUAGACUGGAAGAGGGUCGAGAAGGAUGUGAAUAAAGCCAAGAAGCAGAUCAAGAAGAACACAGAUAAAGCAGGUCCAGAACUGAACACAUUAGUUGAGAGGUCCACAGAGUUUGUGAAGAAAAACAUUGUGGUCACGAGCGGCUUCGUCGGAGGCUUCCUGCUCGGUCUGGCGUCCUAGGCUCAGACGGAUGACUUGACUGAACACUCCCGAAUUGUUUUGAUGCGUCGGGAAAAGGGAUAAGCUGUUGCUUGAUGGAUCAUCAAUCAAUCAGCUGACGGCGUGUUUGCUGUAGCUAGCUGUCUUUUCUGUAUCGGCCGAACCCCUUUUCUCUUCUAUAUGUAAAGAUACCUGACCUCCACUUGAGGAAGCACUAUCAUUAUGGGUGAAUACACUCAGUUCAUGUGCCAGGUCAAAAGUUUGCACUUCUAUUACACCGAGGUGUACUUCUUCAUGUGAGCCAAUAUUUAAAACAUAAAUAAAAUUAAUCUGUGGGGCCUCACAUUGGACACUCCUGUAAUACAAAUAAAAGAGGGGAAAACCUAUUAUAAUGUUGCAACAUUUUAUUUAUAUACAAAAUGUUCUCAUUGUGGCAGUGCAUUGUGUCAAAAAAAGUUAAUCAUAUUUGAAGUGAAUUUUCAUGCUGAUUGGUGUAGAAUUAUUUUUGCCCUGCAGUUUCUUUUGUAUGCUUUUUAAGUGAGCAAUAACUGAAUCCAAAAGGUAUACUGCUCAUUAUAAUGUUUGAACAAAUAAAAGUGCAUUUGAACAAAGGUUAAA